AUGGUUGAGACCCCCUGCCUCGAGGUAAACCUCGACCUAGGCCCCCUCCACGCCGACCACCAACUCCAAGAAGCCCUCCACCUCAACGCCAGCCGCGACGACCUAGCAACCACGUCCUCCGCAGGUCGCAAACACUCCCGCUCAAGCUCGAAUAUCAGCGGCAACAGCCUGGAUUCGAACGGCUCUGAUGUUUCUGGGAAGUUUGAUGACGCGGAUGAACUUGAGUACUACAAUGUUGAUAAAGAGGGGGUGAAUGGUUCACCGCAUUCCCCGAAGAGACGCCGGUCGAACGAUUUGCCCGAGUCUCGUGGACAGGCGCAUGGACAGGACAAGGGACGAGAAGAAGUGAAGAAACACCACGAGAACGCGAGUAGUUUCGGGCGGAGAUGGAGGAAUCGCAUGAACGGUUCUCCUCGUGUAACUGCUACAGCCUCGAACUCGAACUCGGCAAAGAGUCCCAAGAGUCCUGCGCCCGGUGGUCGGCGAUCACGUUUCGUCGAGGGGACUAUGAACGACAGCGUCAGUGAGAAACCGCCUAGUAUUUACCUUCGCGAAGAUUUGUAUGCACAGGAGCAUCAGCAAUACCCCCAGCAACAGUACUUUCAGCACGAAAGGGGCUCUGGUGGUGCGAGUAACCACAGCCAUAAAUCUUCGGGGAUCUUUCGAUUUGGAAAGGCGAUUGCCUCUGCGUUUAAUCCAUUCGGUGGAUGGGCGGGGGCUUGGAAGGGGGAUUCCUCUAUUUCUGGUUCUGGUUCUGGUUCUGGCUCUGCGUCUACAGAUGAGAAUUACAACUACAACCAACAGCAAGAGGAUGACAUCACGCGCGUGCACAGGGCCUACGAGGAGCUGAAAAAGUCCGGUUUCAAGGGAACCGUCAAAGGCGCGUACAUGCAAGAUGCGCAGUCCUCGAAUGCACUCCCCGAGCAGGCGUGGAAAUCCAUUCAGGAAAAGAUGGACACCAACUACAAGCCCUCUACUCCGGGCCACCACGCACGACAGAUAUCUGGAGAGAGCCAGGACUCGACAAUUGGGGGAUCGAUUAGGACAUCGUUGGAUCUGCGGAGCUCGUUGGAUUUUCGGGGCGCGUUGGAUCUUCGCAGGGCCAAGUCGUCGCUUGGUAUCUCUUCGUUGGUUAAGCAGCAAGAACCUGGUACUCCGGAAGUGCGAAAACAGAAGUCCCGGAAGGAUCUUUUGAAACAGGCGAAGUUGUUGAAGAAGGUUAGUAAUCUGGAGGAUAAGCUUGAGCGCACUAGACGUGAGCUUCGCGAGUUGCAGGGUUCUCAAGACAAAGUACCGAAAAUACCGAAAGAAUAUGAACAGGAACAGAUCCAGGGACAGCGACGUGAGGAACAGCCACAGUCAGAACCACCACAGCAAGAGGAGGAACCCGAACAGCUACAAGCGCAGGAACCGGUCCCGCUGUCAGCAUCGGAACAAGCCAUGUCUCUCGAGCAACCCUUUUGUCCCAAGCAAUUCGUUCCUGGCACUCUUUCCACCCUUCCAUCGGAGAGGACUUUGGAGAACCAAGCGGAGGCUGAGGAUAAGAAACGUUCCCACGCAACUGAUACUACUGAGACUACUGCUGCUGGCGUUACUGAUGCCGCUGGUGAACCAUUGCAGUCGCUUUCACCAAACAUCACUCGUGAAGCGAAUACAACCACCACGCCCAAAAAGGAGACGAAAGAACAAUCGUCCCUAUCUGCGACGACUGACAGCUCCUCCCUUAAGCGCAAGUCUCCCGAUCCAAAGUCUCUAGAGGUAUCGAAAGCCCUCGACCCAAACCAAGACACCAACACCACUUUCGAAAAAGGAACCCCCUCUACAACUACCACACCCACCAAAUCAAACAGCACCCGCCGUCGCUCCAAAUUCCAAAAAAUGGGCAAAAGCGACAGCCCCGGCUCCGUCGAACGCAGAAAAUCUCAAUCCAGCACUCCUGGAUCAAUCACACGGCGUAAACCGCGCUACCUCAACCCUACUAGUCCGAGAUCUUCCUCGUCAGCGAGAAGAAGAUCCAGAUCGAUUUCUAUAUCUACCUCUGCAUCGCCUAGGAAGGCGCAGGCGCGUCUGAAGACGAAAAAGGGAUUUUAUGAUCUUGCGUCCGCUUCUGCUACCGCUCUACCUCUCACUGAUAAGGACGUCGGUAUGGAUAUAGACGUGGACUCGGAUGCAGAUACGGAUAUCAUGGACUACGAUAUGGAUUCUGCGCAGCAACAGCAAAACCAUUUCUAUAUGCAGGGUGCCCAGCAGCUAGACCCCAACCAUAGUGCAGACUCAACACCAACCCCCACACCCAGCCGCAAAUACUACGAUUUCGAAUAUAUCCCACCCGUCCCACCGCUGCCCAAGGACCUCGCUGCUACCACUGCGAAGGUUGAUCAGCGGUUAGCUAAGGAGUUGGUGAGGAGGAAGAGUAUUGGGGCGACUGCUGUGCAUAGUAGUGCACAAAAGAGCCAGAUGCAGGCGAAGCAGCAGGUGGAGGUGCAAGUACCUAUGAAGGAUGAUUUUGAGUGGCCGGAAGACAUUUUUUGA